GUCACCUCCGCCCUGAUGUCUGCAGAGGCAGCUGCAUCCAUGUGUGACCUGGAGUUCGGUGGCGUCAAGGUGAAGGAGCCCAGCGAGGGGGGCAGGUGGCGUGGGUGCUGGUACGAGCGGUUUGUGCAGCCCUGCCUGGUUGAACUGCUGGGCUCUGCCCUGUUCAUCUUCAUCGGCUGCCUGUCGGUCAUCGAGAACGGGACCGACACUGGGCUGCUGCAGCCGGCACUGGCCCAUGGGCUGGCCCUGGGCUUGGUCAUCGCCACGCUGGGGAGUAUCAGUGGUGGACACUUCAACCCUGCGGUGUCCCUGGCAGCCAUGCUGGUCGGAGGCCUCCACCUGAUGAUGCUCCUUCCCUACUGGAUCUCCCAGCUGUGUGGGGGGCUGAUUGGGGCUGCCUUGGCCAAGGCGGUGAGUUCUGAGGAGAGGUUCUGGAACGCGUCUGGGGCAGCCUUCGUGACGGUCCAGGAGCCCAGGCAGGUGACGGGGGCAGUGGUGGCAGAGAUCAUCCUGACGACACUGCCUGCACUGGCUGUAUGCAUGGGCACCAUAAACGAGAAGACGCAGGGUCCUCUGGCCCCAUUCUCCAUCGGCUUCUCUGUCACCUUGGACAUCCUAGCAGGAGGAGCUGUGUCUGGAGCCUGCAUGAAUCCUGCCCGUGCCUUUGGACCAGCUGUGGUGGCCAACCAUUGGGACUUCCACUGGAUCUACUGGCUGGGCCCGCUCCUGGCCAGCCUGCUUGUAGGAGUGCUCAUCAGGUUCUUCAUUGGAGAUGGGAAAACCCGCCUAAUACUUAAGGGGCGGUGAAGCUGAGAUGGUGGAAUUCCUGCCGCCCUAGGGGCCCUCAGUGGACCUGUCCUGGACUGCAGACCAGACAGGUCUGCAUUUCCUGCCGGGGCAGAGCUCUGAGAAGUGACUGAUACGCUUCCCCUGACUUGGGUCUGGCUUUUCAGAUGUGCAGGUUCUUUCGAAUUCCUUUGUGCUCAUCAGAGACCUCAGCCUGGGGAAUGUGUUGCCAGCAAUGCCCAGAGACAGAUAGAAACAAGC